AUGGUGGAUGCCACAAGCCAAUCGUGGGUGACAAUCGAAGAGCAACAAGAAGACUACUUCUCGUUCGAGGAGACAUUGGCGUCUUCCGAUUCUGAAGACGAAGACAAUAAAUCCAACGAGGCAAGGCGUCAAGAUAAGGAUGAAGACUCUGAUGUAGACGCUGACAUUGCGCAUGCGCAUGGCCCAAACACAACAUCAGAGAGGCGCAGAGCGCAGAACGAGAUCUUGAGAGCCUUUGCUGCUAACAUCAGUUCGCGCUUAACGCAGAAGGAAGUCGACGAUGCUGCCGCAAAGACUGCCAACGAAGAGCAGCUUUCGAUCCGCGAUAUCCUGGCAAAACAAGAUGGCACCGCUCGCAUCACGAACCCACGCGACUACCAAACCGAACUGUUCCAGAGAGCCAAGAGCGAGAACGUGAUAGCAGUGCUGGACACGGGCUCCGGCAAGACCCACAUCGCAACUCUACUCCUGCGACAUGUCCUAGAUGGCGAGCUUGAAUAUCGGGCUGCAGGCGGCAUCCCAAGAUUGCGUUCUUUCUGGUAG